GUGACGUAGAUGAAAGGUGGCUGGCAGGAUGGGAAGUGCAGUGUGACAUAUGGACAGGUUCAGCCACAGCUCUGUUCCACCAAAAUGGCACCUUCCUCUUCCUCCUCCUGUUGUGGCUGUUACUCUCAACGUACCUGGCUAUGCUCACGCUCCUCAGCCUACACUUUGGUUCUUGGCUUGAUAUUCAUUAUACUAGGGACCAGUCGCAUCAUUUUGCUGAAGUUCUCUGAAAAUGAAGAAAACAAGUAUGACUUUCAUCCUGCCUCUGUGAAUUUAAUGGCAGAGACCAUUAAACUUGUCUUUUGUUUAGGCAUGUCAGUGCGAGUGAUCAUUCGAGAGAGUCGUUCGUGUAAGGACUUGGGCUGUUCCUCUGGUUCCUCUUUUACUAGCUGUUUUAAAUGGGCUGCCCCUGCAUUUCUCUAUUUUCUUGACAACCUCAUUAUUUUUUAUGUGAUGACCUACCUCCAGCCUGCAAUGGCAGUAUUGUUCUCCAAUGUCGUCAUUCUUACAACAGCCAUUCUAUUUCGGUUUGUUCUGAAGCGGCGUUUGUCCUGGGUGCAGUGGGCCUCGCUCGUCAUUCUCUUCUUCUCCAUUGUGGCACUGACCAUGAGCACAUGCACUAACCAGCAUGCCGUCAGUGUGCAUGGCCUGCAUGCAGCGCAUGUCUCUGCUCCCUCCAGCAGCUGCUCAAAUUAUACAUUGUUGGAGAUGAAGAAGCACAACCAGAGUGAAACCAGCUGGGCAGAGGGACUAGCCCCUGAUCUCUGGAACAGCCAGCUUGUCCAGCGUUUACGUGGCUUCGGCCUGGGCUAUGUCUUGCUGCUGCUUCAGUGCUUCACCUCUGCACUGGCCAACAUCUACAAUGAGAAGAUCCUGAAGGAUGGAGAGCAGCUGGCUGAAAGUAUUUUUAUUCAGAACAGUCGGCUGUACGUGUUUGGUGUUGCCUUCAAUGGCCUGGCAUUGGUGGUGCGUACAGAUUCCCGGACGAUGAUACUGCGCUACGGCCUAUUUCAUGGCCACAAUGCCUACUCAGUAGCGCUGACCUUCAUCACAGCUUCCCUUGGUCUCUCUGUUGCCUUUAUCCUUAAGUUCCGUGACAACAUGUUCCAUGUGCUGACGGGCCAAAUCACCACUGUGCUCGUCACAGCCCUGUCAUUCUUCCUUUUUAAUUUCCGCCCAGAACUAGACUUCUUCCUACAGGCGCCAGUAGUGUUGCUGGCCAUCUUUAUAUACCACAGCAGCAGCCUGAAGGACCCAGAGUAUGUGCUUCAGCAAGAGAGGCUCAGGGUCAUCAAUGGAGAGGUGUUUGAGCGGCAUCGAGGGGAUGGGGAAGAGUUGGAGAGACUAAAUAAGUCUGACACGGAAGGUGAUUCUGAUGAGGAGUCUUUCUGAGCCCAUUUGCCCUCUCUUCAGGUUUUACCUACGAAAAUGUUACUGUAAUUAUCUUGCAAAUUAUGUCCAUGUGCCUGUAUGUAUAAUGCUCUUAUGGCUAUAUUUAUUGACCCUUUUUUCGGGGAUGCCUACUGUAUCGGUGCAAAAGGUUGAUGCAGUUGUACUGCAAACCCACUACAAUGACACUACCAGGUCAGUGUUCCUAUUAUGCUGAGAAUGAUCCCCCACCCAAGUCAUAUCUAGUCAGUGGUGUCUCCUUUCCGUUCAUGGAUAGGAUGGGAUGGAGUGGUUUGACAAAUUACGUACAGAAAUAGAUGGGCUAGAGUCAGUAAUUGUAAACAUAGUGUGCCACGCUUUGGUACGAGCUUCUUAUAAAUGGGACAAACAAUAGGUAUAAACAAUGUGGCCUAAAUAUAUGUAUAUUAUGGUAUUUUAUUUUUCUGUGUCCAUGGUGUUGACUUUCAUGUGAUCAGUAUCAAAUGUCAGGUGUGUGUGUGUGGUAGGGCUGAAUAAAAAUUCUUGAUUGAAGGCUUUUAAAAUGUUCCAGAGAAACACAAGGAAGUCUGGCAGAGUGGUGUUUGUCACAUGUUGUAUAAUCACAAUUCUGUGACCAGCUGUCAUCAGUGUUCUUGACAGUGUUGCUUUUUAUUAAAAUGCUGCUGGGCAAAAAAAUUGACUGGGAACAUUUUCCUGACACUAUAAAGACACUACUUAGUGCAUGUAAUCAAAAUGCUUCAAUUCAUCAG